AUGGCACAGCUGCUUGUACCACCAGGUCCAGACAGCUUCCGCCCCUUUAGCCGUGAGUCCCUCAAAGCCAUCGAGGCCCGGAUCGCAGAGGAGAACCCCAAGAAGCCCAAGGGUGAAAAGAGGAAACGCAAUGAUGAGAAUGAGCUCAAGCCCAGCCGUGACCUGGAGGCGGGCAAAUCACUCCCUCUUCUGUACGGGGACGUUCCUAAAGGCAUGGUGUCGACACCGCUGGAGGACCUGGACCCCUACUACCGUAAUCAGAAAACUUUCAUAGUAUUAAACAAAGGAAACUUCAUCUUCCGCUUCAACGCUGCGCCUGCCUUGUACCUCCUGAGCCCCUUCAACCUUCUCAGAAGAAUAUCAAUUAGGAUUUUGGUACACUCAUUGUUCAGCGUGGUGAUCAUGUGCACUAUCAUUGCCAACUGUGUGUUUAUGACACUGAGUCGACCGCCCGACUGGGCAAAGAUUGUAGAGUACAUAUUUACUGCAAUCUAUACGUUUGAAUCCCUCGUUAAGAUUUUAGCCCGAGGGUUCUGCAUAGGGAAGUUCACAUUUCUAAGAGACCCCUGGAACUGGCUGGAUUUUAGUGUCAUCGUCAUGGCGUAUGUAACAGAGUUUGUAAACCUAGGGAAUUUUUCAGCUCUUCGCACAUUCAGAGUGCUGAGAGCUUUUAAAGCUAUUUCAGUUAUCCCAGGCCUGAAAACCAUCGUUGGUGCGUUGUUCCAGUCGGUCAAGAAGCUCGCCGAUGUGAUGAUCCUCACUGUCUUCUGCUUGAGCGUCUUCGCCCUCAUAGGAUUACAGCUGUUCAUGGGCCAUUUAAGGCAAAAGUGCGUAUGGAUGCCAGUACAUGACAACUCCACCACGAAUGGUACGUCAUAUAAUGGGACCGACACGAAUGGAACGGGCGAACAAGACAACUUCUUCGACUGGGACGAGUACGCGCUCAAUAAGAGUAAUCAUUAUUACCUUCCAGGCAAACGAGAUCCAUUGCUUUGUGGAAAUGGCAGUGAAGCUGGGCAGUGUCCAGAGGGGUUCUCCUGCAUCAGAGUGGGAAGGAACCCAGACUAUAAUUACACCAGCUUUGACUCAUUUGGUUGGGCCUUCCUCUCUCUGUUUAGGCUGAUGACACAGGAUUACUGGGAAAACCUUUACCAGCAGACAUUGCGGGCUUCAGGGAAGCCCUACAUGAUCUUUUUUGUGCUGGUGAUAUUCCUCGGUUCCUUCUACCUGAUCAACCUGAUCUUGGCCGUAGUAGCUAUGGCCUACGAGGAGCAGAGCCAGGCCACCAUAAAGGAGGCUAGGGAGAAGGAGGAAGAGUUUCAGGCCAUGCUUGAUCAGCUGAGGCGGCAGCAAGAAGACGCUCAGGCAGCGGCGAGUGCAGCUGCUGCAGAGAGCGGGGAGGUCGGUGAAAAGGCCGGCGGCACCGAGAGCUCCUCUGACGCCUCCAAGCUCAGCUCCAAAAGUGCCAAAGAGAGACGCAACAGGCGAAGAAAAAGAAAGGAGGAGGAGGGCAAAGGAGCCGAUGAGAAGUUUCCUAAAUCCGAGUCACAGGACAGUAUGAAGAAAGCUCGCUGCCGCUUCUCUGUGGACGCAAACCUGCUCAACUAUGACAUGAAAUGCUCAUCGGCACAUCAGGCUGACACCACUGACACAGAGUAUAAACAGGCCGGUGGAGGAACGCACCAGGAGUUUAUGGACUUCCUCGAGGGCCCAGAGGCCAGACAGAGAGCUCAUAGUAUAGCUAGUGUCAUAACCAGCACAAUGGAGGAGCUUGAAGAAUCAAGACAGAAGUGUCCUCCUUGCUGGUACGAUUUUGCCCACACCUUCCUCAUCUGGGAAUGCUGUCCAGCAUGGAUGAAAAUCAAGAAGGUGGUUAAAAUAAUUGUGAUGGAUCCAUUUGCGGACUUAACCAUCACCAUCUGCAUUGUACUAAACACAUUGUUUAUGGCCAUGGAACAUCAUCCAGUAUCCGACAGUUUCACCAAAAUGCUGGCUGUGGGCAAUGUGGUAUUCACCUGCUUCUUCACGGCUGAAAUGGUCCUCAAGAUCAUCGCGCUGGACCCAUACUAUUACUUCCAGACGGGAUGGAAUAUCUUUGAUUCGAUCAUUGUCAGUUUAAGCUUGAUGGAGCUUUGUUUGGCAGACGUGGUCGGCAUGUCUGUUCUGAGAUCAUUCAGAUUGCUGAGAGUGUUCAAGUUGGCUAAAUCAUGGCCCACGCUUAACACACUGAUAAAAAUAAUUGGUAAUUCAGUGGGGGCUUUGGGCAACCUGACGCUGGUGCUGGCCAUCAUCGUGUUCAUCUUCGCUGUGGUGGGCAUGCAACUGUUUGGAAAAAGCUACAAGGACUGUGUGUGUAAAAUCUCUGAUGACUGCACUCUGCCCCGUUGGCACAUGAAUGACUUCUUCCAUUCAUUCCUCAUUGUGUUCCGAGUGCUUUGUGGAGAGUGGAUAGAGACCAUGUGGGACUGUAUGGAGGUGGCUGGGAUGACCAUGUGCAUCAUUCUCUACAUGAUGGUCAUGGUUAUUGGAAACCUUGUGGUGCUGAACCUGUUCCUGGCCCUGCUGUUGAGUUCAUUCAGUGCUGACAACCUGGCAGCGACGGAAGAUGACAGCGACAUGAACAAUAUGCAGAUUGCCAUUGGCCGGAUUCACAACGGCAUUGCCUUCGCCAAGUCCCUGCUUCGAAGCAGCUGCAGCAGUGCCUGUCGCCGCAAUAAGAAGAAAGGGAAGGGCGAGGACAAAUCUCUGGAUGAGCUUCACAAACCCUUAGGGCCGAACGGUAUCCCCAACCAUACCAUCAAAGACUUUCCUAAGAAUGGCAAUGGGGAUGUGACCGGAGUGGACAAAAAUGGAGACAAGUACAUAGUCAGCAGCAAGAGUGAUGAUUCCAUCAUGUCUUUCAUCAACAAUCCUAGUCUGACUGUCACUGUUCCUAUCGCUGUGGGAGAGUCUGACUUUGAAAACCUCAACACGGAGGACUUCAGCAGCGCCUCGUCUGAUGCAGCGUGCCAUGUGGUUAUAGAUGAUGAUGGACAGCUCAGCUCCUCUGAGGGCAGCACAGUGCAAGGCCUGCCAUGCGGGGAGGGAGGAGAGUCUGUAGACUUUGAACUGGAAGAAUCCAUGGAACCUGACGCCUGCUUUCCUGAGGGCUGUGUGCAAAAGUUCCAGUGUUGUCAGGUAAAUGUGGAUGUGGGCCGGUGGAAAAUGUGGUGGACGCUAAGGAAGACCUGUUUCCGGAUAGUGGAGCACAACUGGUUUGAGAGCUUCAUCAUCUUCAUGAUCCUGCUUAGCAGUGGAGCACUGGCAUUUGAAGACGUCUACAUUGAGAAGAGGAAGACCAUUAAAACAAUGUUGGAGUUUGCAGACAAAAUCUUCACCUACAUCUUCAUCCUGGAGAUGUUACUGAAGUGGGUGGCGUAUGGAUUUGCUAAGUACUUCACAAAUGCCUGGUGCUGGCUGGACUUCCUCAUUGUCGACGUCUCACUGGUCAGUUUGACAGCCAAUGCCAUGGGAUAUUCUGAUCUUGGUCCCAUCAAGUCUCUGAGAACCCUGCGAGCUCUGAGGCCCCUGAGAGCCCUGUCGCGGUUCGAAGGCAUGAGGGUGGUUGUCAACGCCUUGCUCGGGGCCAUUCCUUCCAUCUUCAACGUGCUGCUGGUCUGCCUCAUUUUCUGGCUCAUCUUCAGCAUCAUGGGAGUCAAUUUAUUCGCGGGGAAGUUCCAUGUUUGUCUCAACAAAACCACAGAUAAGCCUUUCCUUCCAACAGAGGUGAAAACCAAGAAUGACUGUUUGAAGUUAGGCGAAGAUGUUGCUCGCUGGAAAAACCUCAAAAUCAACUUUGACAAUGUUGGCUUGGGUUACCUUGCACUGCUGCAAGUGGCUACAUUUAAGGGCUGGAUGGACAUCAUGUAUGCUGCUGUGGACUCUCCAAGCAAGCCAGACGAACAACCAGAGUAUGAGGUCAACCUGAGGAUGUACCUCUAUUUUGUUGUUUUCAUCAUAUUUGGAGCCUUCUUCACUCUCAAUCUCUUCAUUGGUGUCAUAAUAGACAACUUCAAUCAGCAAAAGAAAAAGCUAGGAGGUCAAGACAUCUUCAUGACUGAAGAACAGAAGAAAUACUACAAUGCCAUGAAAAAACUGGGGUCGAAGAAACCACAAAAACCUAUUCCUAGACCAUCAAACAAAAUUCAAGGAUACAUCUUUGACUUCACCACAAAACAAGCGUUCGAUAUUGUAAUAAUGGUUUUAAUAACACUUAAUAUGGUAGCCAUGAUGGUGGAAACUGCUGACCAGUCAAAGGAAAAGACCACAAUUCUCACCUGGAUCAAUGGCGUAUUCAUUGUCAUCUUCAGUGGAGAGUGUUUGUUGAAGAUGAUCUCGCUUCGCCAUUACUUUUUCACAAAUGGCUGGAAUGUAUUUGAUUUCAUCGUAGUCAUCCUGUCGAUCAUUGGUAUUUUUCUCUCAGGAAUUAUAGAGAAGUAUUUUGUUUCGCCAACCUUGUUCAGAGUCAUCCGUUUGGCUCGGAUUGGCCGUAUCCUCCGCCUUAUUAAAAGUGCCAAAGGAAUCCGCACACUCUUGUUUGCCUUGAUGAUGUCACUUCCUGCCUUGUUCAACAUUGGUCUUUUGCUUUUCUUGGUCAUGUUUAUCUAUGCCAUCUUUGGCAUGUCAAACUUUGCUUACGUCAAGAAGGAAUCAGGCAUUGAUGACCUUUUCAAUUUUGAGACAUUUGGCAACAGCAUGAUCUGUUUGUUCCAGAUCACCACCUCAGCAGGGUGGGAUGGCCUACUGGCUCCCAUUCUCAACAAAAAUAAAGAUGAUUGCAACCCUUCCACGGAGAAUCCUGGCAGUUCUGUGAAAGGCGACUGUGGCAAUCCUCCUGUGGGAAUUGCCUUCUUUGUGAGCUACAUCAUCAUAUGUUUCCUGAUUGUGGUGAAUAUGUACAUUGCAGUCAUCCUGGAAAACUUCGGCGUGGCCACCGAGGAGAGCGCGGACCCACUAAGUGAGGAUGAUUUUGAAAUGUUUUAUGAGGUCUGGGAAAAGUUUGAUCCUCAUGCCUCACAGUUCAUGGAGUACAAUAAGCUGUCAGAAUUUGCAGAUGCUCUGGACCCACCAUUACGUAUAGCCAAGCCUAACAAGGUCGAACUGAUCUCCAUGGAUCUACCUAUGGUGAGCGGUGAACGCAUUCACUGCCUGGACAUCCUGUUUGCGUUCACAAAACGUGUUCUGGGCGAGGGUGGGGAGAUGGACAUCCUAAGGGGGCAGAUGGAGGAACGCUUCAUGGCCUCCAAUCCCUCUAAAGUGUCCUACGAACCCAUCACUACCACCCUCCGCCGCAAACAGGAGGACACAUCAGCCAUUGUCAUCCAGAGAGCAUACAGACAGUAUGCAAGGAAACAUGCUGCCACUAAGGCCUUUGUCACAUCCGGUGAAAACAUUCAAAAGGAUGAAACACUCAUUGAUAAAGAGGAUCUAGUCGUGGACAAAGAAAUUUCUAGUGCUGAUAAAAGUGAACUGACACCUUCAACGGCCCCUCAACCUUCAUCAACAAACGGAAGAAACAAAUAUGAAAAAGACAAAAAUGAAAGGGAGGUUGUGGGCAAAGAUGGCCGAGAGCAAGACAAGUAAAAGAAUGCUGGAGAUGCGACAAAGACAUUUUAAUUAAUGCCAAAAUGUUUACAACCUUUGAAAGCGACUAAGACAUCCAUUGGACUCCCUUCUUUAGUAUGAAUAUCUAUGCCAAACUGACCAUGCUUACUUGAGUCUAAAGUGGGUGCCUAAAAUGGAAAAGUAGCUACUUCAGGCUAUAGUCAGACCACUUUGGCUGUGUUCAGGAGCAGAGAUGGCUUUUGGCUGUUUGUGUGGAUGGGCAUGAGUUCUGAAAGACACAUUAGUUAAUGCUUUAACUUCUAUUGCAGCUAGUUCUGCUAUCCAGUGUCUUGAAUUAUUGUUAUAUCACUGACCGUUGUAUUACUUUACCUACUUGUUUUUCAAGCAGACAAAACAGUUCUAAUGUUGUUACUUUGAGAAUUCGUAGUUUGGUUAAGUGACUUUUUAUACACUUUUUUUACUCUUCAAAAGGGUUGUUCCUUCAGGGGUAGUCUUUACAGCAAGCAGCAUUGUUUUAAGGCUAACUUGCUAACUGAUAGCACUUAGAAUACUUGACAAAUCCAAGCGAUCCCGUUGGAGUUGCUGCAGUUAACUGGAAAUGUAGACCUGCAUGAAUGUUUCUCCAUGAUUAUGCAUGCUAGAGUGUAGCUCUCUCCCUGUCCAUCACGCUUGAUGAUGUGAGGCAUACAGUCAGGACAUGGCUGUUUUAUACAUUACACAAACACAACCUUAGCCUACGGUCCAAACAAAUCCAGCUGAGUUGAUUAUGUUUGAUUAUCAGUGUCAGAGCAGUAACACUUGGCAGAAAUACUUUGCACAUUAUUCAGUUUUAUUCAAUCAUCAAAAUCAUUCACAUACUUCAUCUCAGCCUGCUGUGGGCUACCUAUGUACCAUUUACGAUAUUGCUAAUUAUGUACAAAUUUUAUCGUGAAACUGUGCUGAAAACAGAGUCUUCAACUGAAAGUUUGUCUUUCAAAGCUGGAAAUUCAAAAGCUGAUGUUGUUUGCACAUUGUCACUGACCCUGUUAAGUUACGUCUCUUAGCCACAAAUCUCUGACAGUUUGCUCUAGGAGGGAGCAGAUGAUCUGUAAUAUUGUCUAUUUGUAGGACAGCAGCGUGACUUCAAGAAUACAGGUCUCCUCCCUGUGCCUACCUUUUCCUCAUUUUGUCUGUUUUCUUAUGUGUGUUUGAUGAUGAACCUCAAUGUGUAUUUUGAAAUGAUUAAUGGCAGAGUUUAUGGAACAGUUACUCUUUAUUGUUCUGUGAUGUGAAACCAAAUAUAUUCUCCAUGUUCUGCUGUAUUCAGGCAGACAGGGAUAUUAUAUCUUCAUCAGGAGUGAAAAAUGUAAAUGCCCAUGACAACGGUUGUAUGGACAGUCAGACAAAGCCCUGUGUUUGAUUACUGGUGAUGUUACAGUACAUGACUCUGCUGCCUUUAACCUUCCCUUCUUUCAACCUUUAACUGCAUAUUUUAUUUUGAAAUGGUGACUGGAAAAAAGGGUAAAUUAAUUAUUUUGUGUG